UUGUCUUCUCCUUUUCGAAAUUAAAAAAAAAUCGUCUCGCUCGCAAAGAUUAGCCAUUCGCGGAUCAAUCAAAACCUGAACCCUAAUUCAUUAGGGUUUUUUAUGAUUUUAUGAUCCAAAAAUCUUUUUUGAUCUUCUGUAUUGAAAUCGAAUAAUCUCUCUUGGAAUUAUUCUUUCGAUCAAUUCAUAUCGAUCUAUAAAUACCUAUAAGAAAAACCCUAUUUUGCUAAAUUCUGUUGCUUUUGGGAUCUUUUGUUGUGAUCUCUUUCUUCAAUGGCUGAUCAAGAGGAAGAGGACCUGAGAAUGGCUUUAAGAAUGAGUAUGCAAAACUCACCGCCAGAACCUAAGCGAAGCAAGCCGAGAGAUGCUAUUGGUGCUCCUGUGGCUUCGCCGGAGGAUUCUCGCAGACGCCAGAGAGAGCUUAUGGCUGCGGCUGCUGAAAAAAGAUUGGCUGAAAAUAAAAUCGCCUCUCCUUCAAAAGCCACUGAUAGAGGCCCCAGUAAAAGCGUGGAGUUUGCUAAAAAGAAGGAUUUUGGCUCGAGGGAGAGUAAUUUAGGAAAAGAAUUGUCGAUUGAGGAGGCGAAUCAGUUGUUCACAAUGGUGUUUGGUAGUGUAGUUUCGAAGGACAUUCUUGCACAAUGGAGUAAUCAAGGCAUAAGGUUUAGCCCUGAUCCAGAAACAUCUAUGGGCCUUGUGCAGCAUGAAGGUGGGCCCUGUGGCGUCUUAGCAACCAUACAAGCAUUUGUUCUCAAAUACCUUCUUUUCUUUCCAGAUGUAUUAGGUAAAGUUGCACCAAACAUGCAACAAAAUUUGGGUUCUGGAACAUUGAAUAGAAGUCGACAUGUUUCAUCAAAUAAUUUUGGCUCUCUAGCUGAAGAUGCAAAAGCAAGAGCCCUGGUCAGAAGCAUGGGUGAGAUAUUGUUCCUAUGUGGAAGUAAUAAGCGGGCUGUAAUUGUUACUUUGAAUGUCAUUGGCUGUGACACUGUGGGCUCUACAAAGGAUGAGAUUAUUGCAAAAGCACUCGAGGGCCUUUCAAUUGAAUCAGCUUCUACUCUGCAGAAAAUUUUAAGAAUUGAGACAUACACAUCCCAACCAAGUGCAUUGCAGAGGCUCCAGGACAUGAUUCCUGUCUUCCAAUCUCGAAUGGGGGCACUUCUAUUCCUUAUUUCCGCAUUGCUGUCCAGAGGAUUGGAUUCUGUUCAAGCUGACAGGGAUGAUCCCAGCCUUCCUUUAGUCACUGCACCCUUUGGGCAUGCCUCACAGGAAAUUGUGAAUCUACUGCUCUGUGGACAGGCUGUUCCUAAUGUGUUUGAUGGUAGAAUGGAUUUAGGUGGUGGCAUGUGUCUAAAGGGCAUAUCCACAAGUGUAGAAGUUGGAUUUCUUACUCUAUUGGAAUCCCUUAAUUUCUGUAAGGUUGGUCAACAUUUAAAGUGCCCUAAAUGGCCAAUAUGGGUUGUUGGAAGUGAAUCCCACUAUACAGUUCUAUUUGCUCUUGAUACAACUGUUCAAGAUGAGAAUGAGCUGGAAGAAAGGGAGUCACAGAUUCGGAAAGCUUUUGAUGCACAAGAUCAGAGUGGGGGUGGUGGUUUUAUUAGUGUGGAAGGCUUCCAUCAAGUCCUUAGGGAAACAAAUAUCAGACUUCCCACGGAGAAACUCGAUCACCUUUGCAGCACAGGCUUUAUCGUUUGGAGUGAGUUCUGGCAGGUCAUUUUGGAUCUAGACAAGAAUUUGGGAGGCCUCAAGGACUCAAGUGGAUUGAUGGGUAAAAAGGUGUUUGACCUUUACCAUUUUAAUGGGAUUGCAAAAUCUGAUUUAAAUGGUAGCCACAUGGCCUCUGGAAGUGAGAUGCCAGUGCAGAGACCUAGGCUCACAAAACUCAGGGUUUCAGUUCCACCAAGGUGGACUCCGGAGGAAUUCAUGGCAGAUGUGGUAGUGUCCUCUGGCUCUGGUGGAAUUGAAUCAACCAGCAAAGACUCUGAAGUGACAAAACCUGAACCUGCUCAACAUGCACCUUUGGUGGAUUGCAUAAGGACACGUUGGCCCCGCGCUGUUUGCAAUUGGGUAGGCGAUCCUCCUAGUAUUGUCUGAUGCUUUUUUUCCUUCUUUUUAUCUGGGAUCUUUUAUGGCCAUAGAAGGCUCAAGAAACAAUUACAAACACAACAGCAAGUGGUGCGUGCAGUCUUUAUCCCUUUAGGCUUGGAAGUCAGUUUUCCUGGUUCACGUGUCCCGGCCAAGUGUGUGCAACACCAUUGUCUACCGUGUAUUAUUGUAGCUUUCUUCUUAUUCUAAUUUGAUUUUAAUGUGAGAUGGUGGGGAGAGGGAUUUUGUCAAAUUUUAUUGAUUCUCCAAUGUGUAAAAUCCAUUCAUAUUUUACCUGUGUUGAUUAGGGAAGUUUUCGGCAAGAGAAUGUCAAUCAUAACUGUUUCCAGUUAUUGGUGUAGAGUAUUUUGUAACAGUUAAAUCCUUCAUUCUAGGACAGUUAAAUUCUUCAUCCUAGGAAAGCAAAUGGAUGAAUCUUGUAGGGGCUUUUUACUAUAUGCAAAACAACAUUCAUAGUGCA